UUUGCAUCUGAACUCUUCAUAUGCUAUUUGAAUUGUGAAGUUAGCCCUCAAAAUGAAUAUUGGUCUUCAUCCAGACUGCCAGGCUAUAGCAAUAGAGUAAUCAAUGUGCCAUCUUUGGAGCAUCUAUUAUAAAGCAUCUAAUAUAUUAAAAAUACAUUUAAAUAAAAUGUCAAUCUGUUAUGGGUAGAUAAUGGUGCAUGAGAUAUGUAAUUCAAUAAAAAAAAUUGGUUUAUUUGGUUUUGUUCUAAAUGGAGAGGACUAAACUUAAUGUAUAAUAACUGAACUUAAUGAAUAAAUAGAACAAAAGUGAGUCAUAACUCAAACCACUGGUUUGAGAUACUUGUUUGUAAGUCUCCGCCUCCUGAGGAAGGAAGAUGUGGUCCUCACCUACUACUUUCAAACAAUAUGCAUGUCUCUGCAUAUUACAUGUGCCACCUUGUCUGUUGGUAGCUGAGUCUUCGUAUGUUUCCAGCCAAAGAGUUUUACUUUUAAGCCGAUGUCCUUUAAUUCAUUUACACUCGCUAGCAUCAUUCCUGUGGCAGCAGCGUAAGGACAAUGAGUACCAUAAGAAGUCCAGAGCAUCCUGCAGACGCUUGUCUACCCUCCUCUACAGGCGAGAGCUCGACAAGUGAAGAUGAACCUGGAAGUUUAAGCAGGCUUCUGCCACUCACCGGCUCAUCCGUACUGGCACGACGACUGUUCCACCUCCAGUCAUAUCGCAACCCACUUGUACCGAGUAGACGACGUAAACGCGAGAUGACCCCUGCUGAGAAAAAAGAUGCAUCUUAUUGGGUCAAGCGGAAGAAGAACAACGAGGCCGCCAAGCGUUCCCGUGAGAAGCGAAGACUCAACGACUUCGUGCUGGAGGGACAGCUUCUGGCGCUGAGCGAGGAGAACGCCCAACUCAGGGCCGAGGUGCUGAGUCUGCAGUAUCACAUGGGAAUCGGGCGAGGUCUAGACGUCAAUCAUCCCAUGAUUCCAUUCCACUAUCCUGUUGCAUCCCAUCUCAAGCCGUCCCUGUGGGGUUUGGCUAGCGGUGCUGCUGCUCUUUCGGCAGAUGGUCCAGAACUCUACCACUCUUGGCCACAGCGUAACUCAUCUCAAUUCAUCUCGCCCUUGAGGGUGCCUCCUAAGAGUGCCCAGCUACCAUCACAGGUUAGCUACUCAGACAACAAUGCUGACCCAGUUGAGUCGGACCCAGCAUCUCACCCACAGGUCUCUUCCAGCAACGACCCACCAACCCACCCACAACUGUUUCCAGCUGAGAGAACACCUGCACCCUCGCCGCCCCCUCCUCAGUUGCUGCCUGGGUUGAGCCACUCCGCCACCCAGCACAACAACCAGGUGUUACCUUGGGGCUCGUCCUCUUUGUAUCCAUCUCCCCUUCAUCCCAACUGGCCGUUGUCCUUACCUCUGUCGCUACGAGACCCAGACGGAUCUCGUAAUGGAGGAAGGUCCCUCUGGAACUUCAACAGCAGGUACAGCAUGCUGUCCGCUGAGAUAUCAGGACAGCUCAGAAGAAUAUUUUGCCCAGAGAACUCUUAAUCAGCAAUAGCGCUUCCUGAAGGGGCCGUUCACCCAAAAAUGUAUAUUCUGUCAACAUUUACUCAUCCUCAUAUCAUUCCAAACCUGUAUAGCUCUCUUUCAUCUGUAGGACAGAAAUUUUUGAAAAUGGUCUGUGUUCAAAUUGGCCAUUGACUUCCAUUGUAUUGAAAAAGUCCUUCAAAAUAUGUUCUUUUGUGUCCCGCAGAAGAAAGAAAGGCAUACAGGUUGAGAACAACAUGGGUGAGCUAUACCUUUAAGGCUAGCUGUGCUUAAUGUAGUGAUGCGCAGGCCAACUCCUUACGGACUGGCAAAUGAUAGAUAAAACAAACUUGAAAUGUUUAUUCUGCUAAUAUGUGGAUUCCAAUUAAAAGUAAUUAAUCCUCUUACCUUGCUUACUUGCUUUUUGCGAAUAAAUCUGAUUCAUGUUUGGGAAUCUACACACAGCCACAUCAUUGAUUGUUUGAUAGAAAUUCUUAUUAGUAUUCACCUUCACUCUUAAAAUGUUUUGGUGUGAAGUUUGGGGGACCACUCAGUUAUCAGUUCUUAAAAGAACCAUGAUUUUCUUAGUGUUCAGGACAUUUUAAUAAUCAAUAUAAAAAACCGUUCGUCGGAUGGAACGGUUCCUCGAUGCAAAGAACCUUUAUUUUUAAAAGUGUUGCUUGUGUGAAAUACUGGUUCCAGCUGAUUAUGACAUUGAAAACAACCUUUCACUGAAGCCGUUACGCAUUAGUGAUGUUUCACGUAAGGGAAAAACAAAAGAACGAGAACAAAUUAUGUGGCUGCUGAAACAAACAGUAACAGCAAAACUAAAAAUGGUUUCAUUUGCUGCCGAUCACUGAAUUCCAACUGCUUCAUAUUAAUUUGUAGAUGGAAUGUGCAAUGAGAUCAGUUAUGGUAGACAUUGUGUAGUUAUGUUUCUUACAUUUAUUCUCU